AUGGCAGAAGGAUGGUUGUCGACGACUAGGAUAUCGCGUUAUGAACGUCGAUGGGAUCGGGCGCCUGCACCUGACAAGAAGGAGAUUGGAGGAGAUGAUGGUGAGAGUGACGUGGAAAGUGUGACAAGUGACGGAGGGAUUCAAUACUGUCUAUCAUGGGAAGAGUCUGAGAUUGAAUGGAGUGAUGAUGGUGAAGAAUUCUCGGAAUACAUACCUUCCGACAGUGAAGCUUCAAACAGUGAACACAAGCUACCUUCCAACAAUGAUCACAAGACCCCUUCCGAUAGCCAAUCAAAUCCCAAUGAUCAACCGAUUCCUCGCACUGCCAAACUCCGAGUACGUCCUGUAGGGAUUCAGCUCGCUUUGGGUGCAAAUUCAGAGCGGGCUGUCCAGACUGAUGGAAACCGAGCGAGGCUUGAAGCGUGGAAAGAGAUUGUUGCUUUGGGGGAGGAUUCAGAGACGGCUGCCAAAGAAGCACUUAUGUCGGAUGAGAUAGACACGGUCCAAUCUGGAAAGCGACGUAGGAAUGGAAAGCGAAGGGGAAAGGGUUCAAAGAAAAAACACCAGAACAAGCAGAAACGCAGACAAGCAAAAGCAGGACAUCUUGUUCCAAUUCAUGCAAGUGCUCCACUUGAGGUCCAAACCCACGGAUACGUCAAUUUACGUCUGUCCAAUCAACAAAAUGUACUCAACUACAUGGCAGAAGUUGCGGACAUCUUAUUGGGCCAAUAUAGGCUGUCUAUCCCCCCUUGUUCCUUCGCCAUUCCGUGUCCGCUCUUUGGUCAAGCCAUGGAACAUGUCCCUCGCUACUGGAUGAUUCAUGUACCCAAUUUCUUCAGUGAACAGGACGCAAGGAUCAUUUGGCAUGCUUACAUGUACGCAAUGGAUGCGUCCCCCAAGCAAUUGAUCCGAGAACGAGGGAAACGACACCUUGAAAGCUCCGUCCACACUGAACAUGAAGAAGAUACAAUUUACAGCCAAAUCUUGCACUUGGGGGACUGGGCAAGGGCUCAUCAGACUGAAAAGGGUAUUUACACAACUGCUGAGACUAUCCAAAAGCGACACAUCCGUGGAGCCGAAGCGGCCUAUAGACUACUUUUUCUCUGUGUGUUGGUAAAUCAGUAUCUUAUGUCCAAGGCGGCAGCAUUCCUGAAAGCAGUGGACAAAGAGGUCGUGACAAUGUCUACUCAGUAA